AUGAGCCCACAAGAUAUUGAAGUGUGCACCGCAAAGUGCCAAGAGCUGCUGGAAGCGGGAUUAAUUCGUAGAUCAGCGUCAGACUAUGCAGCAGCCACCGUGGUAGCAGCGAGAACCGAUCUGACAGGGACAGUCCUGUCCAGGAGGAUGUGUGGGGAUUACAGGGGGCUGAACAAGGUCACGGCCACAGACCGCUACCCUAUGCCCAUGGCGGAGGAGAUCUUUGACCAGCUGCACGGGAGCUGGGUGUUUUCGACGCUAGAUCUGAGGCAAGGCUUCAAUCAGAUCCCGAUAGCAGAGGAGGACAAGCGGAAGACGGCAUUCCAGGGACCAGAUGGCUUGUACGAGUGGAAUUUCAUGCCAUUCGAGUUAAGAAACGCCUCGGCAGUGUUCCAGCGGGUGAUGGAUACGGUGCUGAGGGGGGUGAAGGGUGCAGCCUGUUACAUAGAUGAUGUUAUCAUCUUUAGCCCAGACAGUGGGAGGCAUGUAGAGGACAUAGAGGCAACGCUGGGAGCUAUUCACGCGGCAGGAUUGACAUGCCACCCGGGCAAGUGCCGCUUCGGCCACAGCAGCGUGGCUUAUCUGGGGUUUAAAGUAGCAGGGGGAAUGAUGAGCAUCCAGAAGGCGAAGGUAGAGGUGCUGGAUAUGGUGGGUCGACCAAAGGACAGGAGCGGGCUGCGAGCACUAUUGGGCUUUUUGAACUACUACAGGAAGUUCAUCCCCGACUUCAGUAAGCGCGCGGCGGCAUUGAAUAAGCUGUUGAGGGAGGAUCAGAAGUGGCAGUGGGGGAAGGCGCAGGAGGUCGCACUGAAGGGCCUGAUAGAGGUGGUAAAGGCAAGAGCGGUACUGAAGCUGCUUGACGGGAAGGCACCUUUCGUGCUCUACACCGAUUGGAGCAGCGUCGGCAUGGGGGUGGUCCUGAGUCAGAUGGAGGGAGGACAGGAGAAGGUGGUGGCGUUCGUCAGCAGGACCUGCAACCCCGCAGAAGCCAACUACUCCUCCUAUGAAGGAGAAGGGCUGGCGGCGGUGUGGGCGGUGGGACAUUUCCGAGUGUACCUGCAAGGAAGGCACUUCACGCUGCUACAAGAGUACGACUUCACGGUGAGGCACCGCCCGGGCAAGACCAUGCAGCACGAGGAUGGGCUUUCACGGAACCCACCGAGGGAGCGGGAGGAUAGUGACGUGGACAUGGUGCAGCCAGCAGCAGCUCUCACAGCCAUGUUUAAGGAAAAGGGGGCAGCAGGUGAACAUGAGAGAGGAGCAGUGGAUGUGUGGCAGGAUGCAGCAAUGCUGGCAUGGAUAAAGGGAGAAACUGGGGAGGAUGGAGGAGCAGGGAGCAGGGCCAGAGCCAAGGGUCAGCACUACAGGGAUGAGGAAGGAGGUGAAAGAGUGGGUGGACAAGUGCGAGCUCUGCAGCCGAAACAAGGCCACGCUGUUGAGGAGACAAGCGGAGCUGCAGCCAUUGGCGAUCGUAGAGUUGGGGUACCGCUGGUCCCUGGACAUAGCGGGGGAGCUGCCAGUGUCAUGGAGAGAAAAUGGGCCGAAGCACGACCGCUGGUGAAUAAAACCGCAGCAGCGGUGGCCGAGGCAUUCGAAGAGAUGGUGCUCACGCGGUUCGGAGCAUGCGGGGAGGUAUUGACAGAUCACGGGACGGAGUUCGAAUGCGAGUUUAAGGAGCUGCUAGUGUCGAAUGGAAUCCAGCACCGCACUACCUCACGAUACCACCCACAGGCAGACGAGCUGACGGAGAGGCUGGUACAGAUUGUGAAGAGGGGUUUGCGCGUAUACGGGGAGGCACACAAGGGAGACUGGGACAAGAAGCUGGCGUGGGUGAUGGCAGGAUACAGGUUCAGUAAGCAUGCGGCUUUGAAGGACGUGUCCCCCUACUACUUGCUGGAGGAGGAGAGUGGAAAGCGAGUUAUGGACCAUGUGACUAAUGUGGCCGUGGUGGGGAAGGCGACAGGAGGGCAGCACUACUCUGGUCCCAUGACCAGGGCGAGGACGGCGGCAGUAGGUCAUGGGAGGGGGCAAGAGUGA